AUGGAUCUCCAGCGUCAGCAGCAGUCUGAACCGUCUGCGCGGCAAGCCGAAAUCGACCGCGUGCUCCGUCUCCGCCGCCUCUCACAGGCCCGGUCCUGCUACCCGUGUCGCCAGCGCAAGGUCAAGUGCGAUCAUGAACAUCCCUGCCAGACGUGCCAGAAACGAGGGCAUCCCGAGAUCUGCUCGUACGACGUGGGCGUGAGUCCCGAGAAGAGGCGCGGGAGGCGUGCCGGCGGAGCUGCUGCGGGCGCGGUGCCUUCGAGGGCUGGCCGUAGGAGGGAAGAAGCACCAGGCGUGGACUCGGAGGAAGAGCCGAGGCUUGCGUCGUCACGUCGGUCUCGACAGAGUCGUCCGGGAACCGGUGCCAAUGGCUCUGAAACCGAGUCAUCUGCCACUCCCACCCAAAACACCGCCGAUACUCCUUCUUCUCUCGCCACCCCGCAGACGUCACACUCGACUCUCUUCCGGCGGCAAGACACAGAGACGGCAGACUGGCAUCCCGUCCGAAAGGAGCUCUACCAGGGCGGCAGCUCCGUGCUCACCAUGUUGCACGGCUCGGCCGAUUCUCCCGCCGUGGAGAUGAGGCGCAAGGCCGGUCCGGUUCUGGGGCUGCACAACACCCUGGAGUUUUAUCCCUUUAUGAAGCUCAAGACGCUGCAGGAGAGGUGGGCGGCGCUGUUGAAGCUCAUUCCUCAGCGGCAAGAAGUGUUGAGGUACUUUCCAUCCCAGGGUGCGACGAUGUAUCCCCCCAACCCCGUCUUACUGGAUCCUGAUGAUCUGGAGUCGGCCUUUUGUGACUAUCUCUCUGCCUUGGACGCUGGCGAGCUUCGUAGCCCCGACGUCUUGUCGCCGAAAUGGGUCUGCAAGGCUUGGAUAUCACGAAUUGCUCUGUUGCUGGCAGCCCUCGCCACCAGCGCCCACUAUUCUGUGAUGCAGUCUCCGAGGAAGCGUGCUGAGCAUUCACUAGACUUUUUACAACGCGCCUUUGACGCUCUAUGUCUGGCCAACUACGUCCUGCAUCCCUCCCUCGACGCGGUCCAGACUCUUCUCAUCAUUGGCGCUGUUCUCCAAGACGUCGGACAGUCAGAUGGCGCCUGGGUGAUGAUGGGCACCACUGUCCGGGUAGCACAGGCCUUGGGCUUGCACCUGCAAUGUGUUUCUGAGCAGUCGGAAGAUGGGGUCAAGAGGAAGCGGGCUCUCUGGGACACCAUCUGCAGACAGGACUGCUUGCUCAGCCUGUGCCACGGCCGACCGCAUAGUGCCUCGCCUCAGUCGCUUGCGACUAGGAAGAUUCUCUCCGACCCUAACCGCCCGCUGAACUUUACAGAGUGCCUGUACGGCAUGGUCUCCGUGUGCACCGGCAUCUUGGAAGUGGAACAGCCAAGCCUUGAAUCAUCGAUGAUGCUACUGACCGAGCUGGAAGGAUACAAGUCGCGAGCUUUGCCCUAUCUGCAGGGCCGAGAGAAGUGUGCGAACAUCCAGCAGCGCUACGAGGCCCUCACCAUCCAGGUUCAACUGUCUUGGGCAGCCACCGUCUUAUGCCGGCCCGUGCUGACGACGUCUGCUGCCACGAGCAAUGACCAAGCUGAUGCUCUUCGACUUCUCAAAUCUCGGGCCAAGGAAAGCUUGAUGGAUACAGCAAAGGCAUUCAUCGAGUUCCAGGCCAUCAGCAACAUCCCCAUUCGCACAUGGUCUCUGAUCCAUGCGGUCCUGAGUGCCACCAUACUACUCUGCCUGUGGGAGGAAACGCGAUGCGACCAAGAAAGCCGGGAUGUGCUGCAGAGGGUAAUAGAAAUAUUCUCACGGGCAGCACAGGCGGACGAUGAGACGGGCAUGAUGGUUGAUGCAUCCGGCACCAAUCACUGGCUGUCUAUGAACCACACAAGAGCUUUGGUGGCUCUACAAGCCGCCUUACAGAAGGCUCCCGCGUUGGAUGCCAGCCCGUCGCCAUCUCCUGAGCGACAGCAGGCAGAGAAUUUGGUCUCGCAGAAUGAGGUCUUGCCGAGGAUACAAGACGCAGCUGCGGUAGACCCGAUGAUGGAGAGCGCCAUGGGCUAUAAUUUUACCGCACUGCUGGGUGAUGGGUACGUUCAUCUCCAUCUGACGCUCUGGAGGGAAGAGAAGAACAACCGUACUGAUCGUUUCAAAGCUUGCCAAUGGAUGGCUCCAUGGACCCCUGGGAAAUGUCGGGACUGUCGCCGCUAA